UUGUUUCAUUCUUAGUGGAAAUCACACCAAUUAAAUUUUCAUUCUCCAACUCUCCUUUCAUUCAUCUCACUGUAGCUCACGAUAAACACACAUACACACAACACACACUAACUACAAAUUAGUAUAAUAUCCUUUCACAUUGUCUCCCCCACACUCACACUUGGACAUAUAAUAAUAUACUCUAUAUGCCAGUAUUGUCAUAAGUCUUUUUCUUCUAAUAGAAUAGUUUAUUUCCCAUUUAAAUAUAAAUAUAAUUUGAAAAAAAAAAGAGAAGGUAUUGCGUUCACAAUCAUAUUCAUAUUCGCUUCUUUCUUUCUUUUUCUGCUCCUCCUUCAGCAUGGAAAAAAAUGGAGUCUUGAUUUAGUUUUACUUGCUUUAGUUCUUGAAGAGAGCUCAACUGCUGCUUGUUGAGCAGAAGCUUAUUCUGAUAGUGGGGCUCUUUCUCCUCUCCAAUAAAAGAGAGGAUUUUAAGCUAUGGUUUUAAUCAAGAUCGAGAAUUUCUCCUAUCGUUGACGAAAUUUGAUGUUGAAUAGCUCGUUUUGACCUGCACACAGACGCUAAUACAACCAACAAUGAUGAAUUCCACAUCCACACAAUUUGUUCCCUCAAGACGGAUGGGCAUAUAUGAGCCGAUCCAUCAGAUGGGCAUGUGGGGAGAUUUCAAAGGUAACAAUUGUCUGGAUGCAUCUCCACCGAUGAUUCUGGAGGUUGACCCUAAACUAGAUAAUCAGUCAGAGGAUACUUCACAUGGAACUGUUGGACCUUCAAAUAAAUACGACCAAGAAGCAAGUAAACCACCUGAUAAGGUUUUAAGGCGUCUAGCACAGAACCGUGAGGCUGCUCGUAAAAGUCGUCUAAGGAAAAAGGCCUAUGUUCAGCAAUUAGAAAGCAGUAAACUAAGGCUUAUUCAGUUAGAGCAAGAGCUCGGCCGUGCUCGGCAACAGGGUUUGUACUCUGGAAGCGCUUUAGAUGCUAGUCCACUAGGUUAUGCUGGGAGUAUGAACCCAGGUAUUGCUACAUUUGAACUGGAGUACGGACACUGGGUGGAAGAACAAGAUAGACAAUUAUCUGAUCUGAGGAAUGCUUUGCAUUCAUCAGAAACGGGAGAUGUGGAACUGCGAAUAUUCGUUGAUGGUGGACUUGCACAUUAUUUUGAUCUUUUCACAAUGAAAGCUAUAGCUGCAAAGACAGAUGUAUUCUUUCUGAUGUCUGGCAUGUGGAAAACUUCGGCUGAGCGUUUUUUCUUCUGGAUUGGCGGUUUUCGGCCUUCAGAACUUCUAAAGGUUCUCUUACCACAUCUGGAGCCAUUGUCAGAACAACAACGUUUGGAUCUUGGCAAUCUCACACAAUCGUGUCAGCAAGCAGAAGACGCGUUAUCACAGGGGAUGGAGAGACUCCACCAAAUUCUCGGGGAGGCCAUAGCCAAACAACUCGGUGAAGGGAACUAUCUCCCACAGGUUGGUGCUGCCAUCGAGAAGUUGGAUGAUCUGGUGAGGUUCGUCGGUCAGGCAGACCAUCUGAGGCAAGAAACUCUGCAGCAGAUUUCGCGGAUCCUCACCACCCGGCAGGCAGCUCGAGGGCUUCUUGCUUUGGGUGAGUACUUUCAACGUCUCCGAGCAUUGAGUUCCCUUUGGUCGUCACGGCCUCGUCAAUCCUCCUAGCUCUCCUCUCUCGUCUUUCUUCAUCGCCUUAGUUAGCUACCAUAAUGUCUGUUUGCACAUUUUUGAUCUGCUUCCUGUGAUUGAAGAUUUGUAAAUAUAAUUAGCUGAUUUAUCAGGAGGAAGUGCAUGUGUGGAUACAUUUUCUUUUCUUUUCUUAUCAUUACAAGCUAUAUUUAUGUCUAGAUUCAGUAAUGUAAAUUUUCAGGCAUGUAUGGCUGUCUCCUUAUAUUUUCAACGUCUUUAGUGUGUAAAAUAAAACAGCUUCAUUUUGCA